GGGAAAUUUUUUAUUUUCAACUUUCCCUUUUAAUCACUCUGUAGUACUACAAGAAAUCAUUACCUCGCCAAAGUAUCUCCAAACUCAUUGGAUUAUAUAAAACCCACCUUCCUCCCUUUCUUUCACUGCUAUACUAUAAUACAGACACACUUCCAUCAAUCAACCAAAAGCUGCAGAAAUCAUGUUACCUUCCCUUUGAUCAUCACUUCUAUUCUUCUAGAUGUCCACCUAAAACAAUCUAUAGAGAGAGAGAAGAAGAAGAAGAAUGGGCAUGUUAUGAACAAAACCCAGAGCUUCAGAAGAAUAAUGGGUAAUGUAAGUGGGAAAAGGAAUGGGGAUGAAGCUGAGAGCUCUGGGGCCAAGAAUGUGGAAGAAGAGGAGUAUAUGGAGUUUGUUCACUCUCCAGGCUCCAUGGUUCAAUAUUCCCCUCUUCAUACCCCCAGGGCUUAUCAAUCACCUUUGAUUUUCACUCCGCAGAACCAAAGCAAUGCUGCAAUGAAUGAAAACACAACAGCAGAGUAUGGGGAGAUAGAAAUGCCUUUUGGGAAUGGGAUACCGACAAUGAUCACAUGGAGGCAGGGUGGAAAUGAGGUUGCUGUUGAGGGAUCAUGGGAUGACUGGCAAACAAGAGACUACUUGCAAAGAACAGACAAGGAUUUCAGUGUGAUGAAGAUGUUGCCAUCUGGGAUUUACCAUUUCAGAUUCAUUGUUGAUGGGGAAUGGAGGUAUGCUCCAGAUUUCCCACACGAGUGUGAUGAUAUGGGGCGUGUCUUCAAUGUGUUGGACUUGAAGGAUGUUAUUCCUGAGGUUCUAAACAACAUCUGUUGGCCCAAAUCGCCACCUUCCCCUGCAUCAAGCUACAAUUCUGCACCUUUUAGCUAUGGCGAUUUCAACGAAAAGCUACCCGAUUUGCCUCCUCUCUUGCAACAAACGCCACUAAACCGGACAUCUUUAUCCCGGGAUAGUGUGGAGACACUACAGAAGCCAUUGCCUGCAGUUUUGGAGCAUCUUUAUUUCCAGAAAGGGCAUGCUGGACAGUCCAUGGUGGCACUAAGUUCAACCCACAGGUUUCGAUCCAAAUAUGUUUCUCUGGUGCUUUUCAAAUCCUUAAAAGACCUUAAAAGGUGAACAAAUUAAUGAAUGGUGUUGGAUCAGUAGUUAAGGCAAAUAAGGCUCAAUGGAUGGGGAAUUCCAAUUUUUGCUCAUGAUAUGAUUGUUUGAUAUGUGACAUUGCAACCUGCUGGUGUAUGAUAUUGUAUAUCCUUAAGCCAAUUUGACUAGUUUUUAAUAUCAUACUUUUCUAAUAUAACCUUUGAAAGUCUGAAGUUGAUAGUA